AGAAGAUUUGGCAAUGUAUAUGACAUCUUUCUUUACACACGAACUAAAAAAACUUUGACUGAUGAGAUUUAAACCACUGAUACAGAAUACACCCUGCAAAGCUACUCUUGACAAGUAGAUGGUCGCUCGGGUCUUCACUUUGAGCCAGGACCAUUACCAUUCCGCACAAGCAGGCGGGAUCGUAAAGCAGUCAUGAAUAGAAAUACCCAGUAUUCUGGGACAGGGCAAAUCCAUGAGGUACGCUCUUGUUUUAUUUCACCCUCCGCAUAGGGCAGACAGCGCGAGCGUCAUUGCGUCGCUUGCGUGAGGGUAUGAGCAGGAGUUCCAGGAAGAUGGCUGCGAAAGUCAGAGCAGUUUUGAUUUAAUAAAAACGUAACACAUUUUAGAGGAGUGUGGGGAAAAUGGAAUCCUAGGAGAUGAAAGCACCGCCUACUGUUUCUACAAUAGUUUUGUUUUUCUAAGCACCGCCGACCUGCAGAGAUUGCCUGUGUUGUGUUGGAAAAAUCGCUUUCGCCUACAACCGGGAAAAUACUGCAACCGUUUCCAGCAGGGUGUCCUGCUGAGGCCAGGGGUGUCUUGCAGAGGACAGCGUGCAGUGUGCUGGGGCCUCUGGGUAUGGCAUUGGCAAGGCAGCAGGCUGGAUGAGUCCACUGGACACCAAACUGACAGUCUGGGAGCACCUGAGCAGUGACAUCACGAGAGAGGGCGAGGCCACAGGGGGCCGCCCUCCCGAGAGGCCUGGUUUAUCUCCCCGCAUUCCGUCCCACCUUUUCCUGGCUUGCCCUGUUCCAGAACCCCUCCUCCUCGCUUCCUCAUCCAUGAGCCUCUGCCCGCUCCUCCUUCCCUCCUGCCCCUGUGACCUUUCACCCUGGCAGACAGGAUGAGCUGGCUGAGCCGGCUGACCCCUCGGGGUCACGGCAGCCGAGCCAAUCGGGACACUUCCCCCAGCAGCCCUGUCAUUGCUGACCCAGAGACUUGCCUCAUGGUGUUCCAGAACCACUGGAGACAGGUGUCCUGGGUGCUGGAGCAGCAGCACUUGGGGGGGUCAGGUGUAGAGGAUGAGCUGACGGCUGUGCGGAACCAUACGGAUCAGAUGAUGUGCUUGCUGGCGGAGGAACAGCCCGCUGGGGCUGCCCCGGGCCCCAUCCUGGAGAUGGUUCUGAAAGAGAAUGUUCUGGACCGGCUGCUGCAGUGGCACCUGCGUUGCGGUCUGUCCCCCAACAGCCAGGGGGCGCUGCUCAAGCUGUUUGAGGUUCUGAUAGGCCAAGGCCAGCAGCCGCUGCUCCAGCACAAGCCCGUGCUGCAGCCCCUGCUCAGCCUGCUGACCGCCUGCGCUGACCCCGUGCUGGGCUGCCCGCCGGCCCUGGAGGGCAGCCUGGUGCUGCUGCUCAACCAGGUGUGUGUGUGCAUGGCCCAGCAGGCUGCUGUGCUGGAGCUGCUGCUCCAUGCUACUCCUGGCCCUGCCCCCCAGAGCCCCGCCCCCCUGGGCCCCUCCCCCCAGGUCAUCUUCUCCCUACUGGUACCCUUCAUCCACCGCGAGGGUUCCACCGGCCAACAGGCCCGCGACGCCUUGCUGCUCGUCAUGGCAACCUCCGCCAGCAACCAGGCUGUGGCACAUUACAUCACCGAGAACUCCUACUUCUGCCAGGUCCUGGCGGCGGGCCUGAGUGCGCUGUACUCCUCUCUGCCGCGGAAGCUGGAGGUGCGGGACGACGACUGGCACGCGCUGCGGCACGAGGACUGGGUGGGCGUGUCCUCGCUGGCGCUGCUGAUGAACUCUCUGGAGUUCUGCAACGCCGUGGUGCAGGUGUCCCACCCCCUGGUGCGCAGCCAGCUGCUCGACUACAUCCACAGCGGCUUCCUGGAGCCCGUUAUCGGCCCUGCCCUGCACAAGUCCUCAGUGGAGGAGAUGAUAGCCAGCACGGCGUAUCUGGACCUGUUCCUGCGUAGUGUCACAGAAACUGACCUCCUCAAAACCUUCCUGCGCUUCAUCCUACUGGAUCGCCAUGACAACGACACCAUCAUCGACACGCUACUCACCCGCAUCAGCAGCAACUCCCGGCUGUGCAUGGUGUCCCUUAGUCUGUUUCGUACUCUGCUGUCCCUGAACUGUGAAGACCUCAUGCUUCAGCUCAUUCUCAGGUAUCUGCUGCCCUGUACUCAUGUCAUGCUGAGCCAGAGGCCUGCUGUCAGGGGGACAGACUUGUACGGCAAGUCAGCAGACAAGUUCCUCUCCCUCAUCCCCGAGUGCUGUCGCCUGGACACAGCACCCCCUGGUGACCAGGAGGAUGAUGGCGCACAGUGGGGGAAAGCCUUAGAGAGGCCCAGUAUGGAGUCUGCUGUACCUCCCAAACCCAGCACCCCAUCCCGCCUGGCACUGUUCAUCCGGUCACAGGGCAGUGGCCCUGACAGGGCCCCAACUCGCCCACGAGGGGACUCCAGCCCCCCGGCAUCAGAGGGGCCCCUGCAGUGGGUGCCUGAGGCCGCCAAAGGCCUGGAGUGGGAGUACCUGACGUACCUGCGCGAUGCGCGCAAGGGCGUCGAGCUCUGCGCCUGGGGCUGCAGGGACUGGUCCGCCCCCUACGACGGGGUAAACCCCUCCCCCAACUCCGCACCCCCGCCACCUCCUCCACCCACCGCCAUGCCCACUCUCGUCAUGGUCCCCGAACAUUUCUCCCUCCACCCGGUAGCCGCUAGCGCCCCACCCCCCGCUGCUCUGUCCUCGGCCCCCGUCCCCACCGCACUGCCAGACUCCGGCCAGCAGGGGGCGGAGGCGGUCGGCCCAGGGUGCAGUGGCUCUAACCGGGAUGACGGCGAAUGGGACGUCACCAUCAACGAGAAACGCAUCAGCCUCACGUCGCACUCCAACAAACGUAGCCUGCAGCACCUAGUGCCUGUCACACAUGAUGCCCCGUCCCCUCCCCUAGCCUCCAUCCCCCAAUCGCCCCUCCCUCUGUCCAAUGGGGUAGGGCCAGGUGGCGUGGUCUCACUCAGCCAGAAUGAGGGAAUGGAGGUGAAGAAGCUAAAGAGGGAGCUGGGUGAUGGCUGCUCUCCUGCAGAGGGGGGGCAGGACUGGGUGACAGGAGGCCCCCCAGGGUCCUGCCAGGCUGUGGGCAGUGUGCUCUCUCAGGGGUCUCCCAGCCAAUCAACACACUCGCCACUAACGGCAUCUUCACUACACGAGAUGGACACCAGCAAAAGCCUGGAGUCUGCCCCUAACCAAAACUCCGGCCAUACCCCAGAACCCAUUCCUGCUCCUACCCAAAACUCUGCCCAUACCCCAGAACCCAUUCCUGCCCCUACCCAAGACUCCACCCAUACCUCAGAGCCCAUUCCUGCCCCUACCCAAAGCUCCACCCAUACCUCAGAGCCCAUUCCUGUGCUGUCCCUAAACUCUGCCCCUGCCCAAAGUUGCACCCCUAUCCCAGGCCCUGUUCCUGCCCCCACCCCCAGCGCACGGCCUCCAUGGGCCGCAGCGAUGAGCCAGGGGCUAGAGUCGGUGGACAGCCUUAUCAAGGAGCUCCUGGAGCGGACGCCUAUGGCUCUGCAGGGUGGGGACUCUGAGGGUCACGGGAUUAGCAUCGAGGCCUUCCACCAGGAGCUGCAGGAGCUGGAGGACCGGGUUCGCCCACUCAAGGAGCACUCCCAAGACCCCGCCCCUGGCCCCGUCCCCACCGCCACUGAGCAGGAAGAAGACCCACCCCCCACAGCCCUCGACUCUGAACCCAAAUCAGAGAGCUCAGCCAAGGAAGUGUGCCGUACUCUCUCUCUAGGACAACCCCUCGGCCUGCCCUACACAGGGCCCUUCAUGGCGGUUGUGUUUUCCAAGCUGGAGUGCAUGCUGCAGAACUCGCUGUACGUGAACAUCCUGCUGACCGGCAUCCUGGCCAGGCUGGCCUGCUACCCCCAGCCCCUGCUGCGCUCCUUCCUCCUCAACACCAACGUGGUCUUCCAGCCCAGCGUCAAAUCGCUUGUACAGGUGCUGGGAUCGGUGAAGACCCGGAUCGAGGCUUUCGCUGCCGCUCAGGAGAACUUCCCGGAUAUGCUGCGGAGGGCGCGGCAGUACCUGGUGGCGCGGGGCAAGCUGGACUGGACCGACCCGCUGGGCCUGAGCGUACCCAACCUGCGGCGCUCUGACUCGCUGGUGAAGAGCAGGAAGCCCUCGCUGGGGGAUCUGAUCCUACGGCACACUCAGAGCCCGGUGCGGGCGCGGCAGGCGGCCCAGCAGGCCCUGGCUCACGUGCGGGGCGGGGCUCUGGGGGGCGGGGCCCCAGGGCUGGAGAAGCAGGCGGAGGCGCUGCGGGUGAAGAACGCCGUGUACAGCGCUGUGGUCUUCUCCGAGUUCCUCAAGGAGCUGGCCGCUCUGGCGCAGGAACACGCCGUUGCAAUGCCCUUCCCCCCCAGCCAGGGGGCGGAAGAGUGACCCACGCCUGCCUGAGAGGACAAUAGGGGGCAGUGUGGGACUUGUGUGCAGAUAUAAGUCAUUGAAAUUUUCAUGUGUGGGCCUGUGUACACACUACACCUGGGUCUCAUGCCUAUUAAUUAUUUUGACAGCAGUUAAAUUUGAACAUGGUUUUUAGUGAAAAUAUUACUGAAGCUGAAUUAUAAUGAAUGGAAUUUGUUCAGAAUAUUUGUAGGAUUUUUAAGACUGAUGUGAAGGGAACCAUAGUCAUUUUGUUUGGUUAAAUUCUGACCCAGGCCUGGUAUGCACACACAUGCACGUACACACACACACGCACACACACACAGAUACACGCACAGACACACAUACACACACACGCACACACAAAGUUAUGGCCUUCUGAAGCCACAUCUCAGAAGCAGAAUGGCACUUCUCUGCUUUAUUCUGUUCUGGCUUUACUGUGAACUCACCUCAAAUCCACAGCUGUAUCAUCAACCCACAGUCUCUCAACUCUCCCUGGAAACUCAGGGGAUUUGAGGAAUGAACCAGUGGGGACUCUGCCAAAGUGACCAUUACCUCUAUCACCCCCGCCCUGCCCCUGUACCUCCCAGCCUUGAGGGGCAGGUGUGAAAAUGGCAAAUAGUAGGAUAAUUUUGGACCUAGGGAAGCGACCUUACUGUUGGAAGGGACACCUGAGGAACCAGCCAGUCAGUGUUCACCAUCUCCAGAGCAGAGGCAUUUGUAACCAAUAGGCAGUGAAGAAACUGUUGUGCGGGCAGGGGGAGGAGUUUCCUUAUAUACUCGUCACUUGUGCUUUUUUCGUCUGCAUUUGGAUUGUGUUUGGUUUUUUAUUGCUUUAUCAUUUUAUCUUUAUAUGAGAUGUUUUAAUACAUAUCACCAUGGAGGUAGAUGCCAGACACUCACUGUCUAAUAGACAGUCUGGUCUUCUGUAGUGUAAUGAUACAGUGUAGCCAGAGCCCUGGUGUGUAUGUCAGGGAGUACUCUCAUAGCUCAUGGGACACGGGUGGAGAUAAAAGGAGACUAAUCUCAGUUUAGAGCACUUAUUUUAAAUAUAAUGGUUCUGGCUCUCAGAACUUCAGGUAUAUUCCUCAGUUACUCCUGUGCUUGGGUGUCAGUGGACCUGUUGGUUUGCUGUGAAGGAUGUGGCAUUGGGCCUUUUGGACAAAUGUCAGUACAUUGUCUGCCCUACACUCUCAUUUCCAGUGUGGAGUUCUGUCCAGCACUGCUGAAUGUCCGCUGUAUAGACCUGCUGUUGGAGCUACAGUCUGAAUCUCAAAGCCUGAUCUUUGCACGGACCUUUGGUCUCACUCUACACUGGUGCUAAGUGCUGAGGUAGUUAGCCAUGUCUGCGGCCUGGUUUGCUCCAGCUGUGCUCUGUAAUGUACGAGCGCUCACUGGUCAGGGUGCCUGUGUGUGUCAGAGUGUGAGGAGUGUGCUGUGUUGGCUCCUGUGACUGAGCACAGAGGGUAUAGACACUGUCUGGGUGUCAGUGCUGGAGUCGCUCUCUUCAGUACCAGAGUGCUGCUGGGUUCCCUGCCUCACACAGUAAUGUGUUUGUCAGUCUUAACGUUAAGUCUUUCAUAUGUGCAGUGUUGUACCAAUUUUCUUUCUCUUUGAUAUUUGAAUGUUAAUUUGUGCCAAAUCACUUGAGUUUCCAAUCUGACCUUCUGAAAACUUACUCUCAAAAGAGCCAUUUUUUUCAAACAUUCUGCGCAAUUGCAGAUUCAAUCAGAAGCAUAUUAUUGAAUAAGCGCUUCUAUUUUUAUGGUCUUCAUGCCAUUUUCCAAGCCAUGUUUAUGUGUUUAUUUCUUAAAGUUAAAAUCAUUAUAAAGAGUUAAAUCAAAUGAAGAAAAGGCAAAGCUUUGGGCCUUCGGCACCCCUUACUGCUGAUAGGAUGCCAGGGGGUUAGAUGGAGAUUAUGGGAAAUCUGCAAUAGCUCUGUUAAUAUAUUACAUUUUAAAAAUAUUUUUUGUUUAUAAUUUUUUACAUUGUUGUAAUCAUGUCCGGUGCUGUGAUUUCCAAAUUGUUGUGUAGAGGUUUUAAGUGUUUUACUGUAAAUGCAGUGUUGGGCUCCCCCGGGGACACAGGGGCCUUGGGUAUCGCAGUGUGAGCCGAAAACCCUGCCUUUCUAAUAUUAACCAGCUAUUGUGAUCUCCAGUGAUUGAUCAAUAGUGCUCUCCCCGUUCCCCCUCCCUGUGGACAGCAAUAAUAAUAAUCUCUGCAUAUGUAUAAAUCAUUUUAUUCUAAAUGCAAAUUAUGAAAGACGAAAGGAAUAAUUCUGGGGAAGAGUUAGUUUUAUGGUCAGAGAGGGAUACACUGGUAAAUAUGAAAGUAUAUACUAUUAUGACUUCUGUUAUGAAAAAUUUGUUUUGUUUUACUUAGAGGGUUGAGAUAUGAGCCAGGAGUCAGGUUAGAUGAUUAUCUCCAGCCCUUUCUGUUCUCCAUCUCUUUCUAUAUUCUUUAAAAACAUUUUAUAUGUCUUCAGGAAUCUAUGCAAGUUGUGUUUAAGUGCUGUCCGUCAACACUGAGGUGUGGCCUACAUACCGACUCAUCUGUGAAUAAAGCAUAAAUCCGACAAUGAAGGUGACAUAAUCAAAGUGAAAAAUAAUGAAUGUUGGAAGUAUUUUUAUAAAUGUAAAAACAUGGGAGAUUCUGUAAUUAGCAAAAAGGGAAUUUUAUUAAUUUAUAAAUCUUUAAUUUGAGAGUAA